AUGAAUUGUGUGGAGGAAGAGAAGGGGGACGAGAGAUACAGCGUCGAAGUGGUAGAAGACUCAGACCCCGACAGGAGCGUAGGGAAGGGCAGUCCUGCAGGAGGAGUGAGGGCGGAGGUGAGGGUGACCAACGUGACUCCCCAGGACUCAGCUGUGAUCGCCUGCACAGCCACUAACGCCUAUGGAAGCCACACGCAUAACAUGGAGCUAAAGGUUCAAGAUGUACCCGAAGCCCCUCGAGACCUGCGCGUGACCCGGGAGGGCAGCAGGUCAGUCACCGUGACCUGGGCGGCCCCCCCCCUCCCCCAACACCCCCAUAACUCAUUACGUCAUUCACUUGAAGACGCAGACAGGUAA